UCUGAUUUGGCGGGUUCCUAUUUUUUACAGUCUAUGGCGGUUUCACCGUUUUCAAAUCUGCCAAUACUGUCAGUAGGAUGAAAUGUCGGAACACUUACCAUUUUAAUUUCAUCAGGAGCCAGCUUCAGCGUUGUAAGAAGUUGGUCAUACUGUAUAGGCACAAACAAAGACAUAAAGCAAAUACCUUACAGACGAUUGACAAAUAGAAACACAAAACUAGAACCAAAUAUACACUUAUUUAAUAACUCAAAAACGUCAUUCUAUCAUUCCUCUUUUACUAAAAGUUUAGAACCUGACCCAAACCGAACACACAGGCCUAUUUAAACUGUAGGCCUAAUGGUGAUUCGCAGAGCACAUGAUUUAAUGCGGACGUCACUUGAGUUAAAUCGUAACUUCUUCCUUGAGUUUCAGACAGUCCUUCCUGAAGCUGGUUGCACAGCACUAUUUUUCAAUGGGAUUAAGAAAGCACGCCAGACGAAAAAAAUGGGUUCUUUAUUUUGCCGUACUUCUGCUGCAGACCGAAGCAGAGACGCUAACUCCCUCAGAUGGUGGCGGAGAUUCCCAGCAAGUGCGCUGCUUCAUUGACCGGAAGAGCCACUGUAGCAAUUGGGACACAGAGCAGAUUCCAUGCAGGCUGUUUGAUUGGAACAUGCAGAGUCCCCCUAUGAGCCAAGUGAAGAUUCGAACCCAGGAAACAGUCAGGAUCAGCGCUGAGCACUACCCAACUAUACAGACAUGCUCCUGGAACUACAGCACAGAGAGCAGCACCUAUUCAGAGAAGAACAUAGAGGGAGUGUACACUGUAAUCAUUUCCCAGGCCUCAGAGAGGGAUUCUGGGAAUUUUAGCCUGUGCUGUGAGUCUGGCAGCCAGCGCACCUGUGUGGCUUUUGGAGUCCAUUUGACACUUGAGUACCGACCAUCAACACCACAACUGAAAAUUUUGCCUGGAGGAAGAGGACGUUCCAGUAAUUAUUCCUGUAGCUCAAAGGGUUUCCCAAAACCCACAAUCAGCUGGAUCCCCAAAACAUCCAGCUUGCCCUCAUCGAGCCUGGGGAACACAGCUGUGAGCAUUGUGUCAAGCUUCAAGCUCUACAACAAGAAGACUGUGUGCUGUGCUGAAAACAGCCUGGGCAAAGAGUGUUCCAUGCUGUACAAUUAUGAUCUGUGGCUUCCAGACUCAAAUGAGGAGGUUUCUCUGGUUACACUGACCCCAGGUCAGCCUCUACUGUUACGCUGCAGUGAUAAGGAACCCUCAACCCCUGGGUUACGCUGGCUACCUGAGAAAAAUGGACUCCAGGUGUUGCAUGAUGACAUGGGCUCUCAAUCACUCACCUAUUUGUUCAUUGAUUCUGUGAAUGAGGAACACAGUGGCACGUAUACCUGCAAGUCCCAUGACAACAGAACGAAGUCCAUCAAUGUCCAAGUUCGUGAAGGAGGAUUUAUAAACUUGCUGGAGCUGAAUGAAGUGAACCAUGUAUUGGCGCAGGACAGAGCCAAAUUCUGCUUCCGAGCUGUGCUUUCUGCCCAUCCAAAACCACGCUGUCACUGGCUUACUCCAAAUGGGACGGUGCCAUGCCCAGACCGCGUCACAUUCUGGGGGAACAGUACUUUUGAGCUGUGUGAUCCUGCUCCAGGCCUGUAUCAGUUUCACGCAGAGAACAGCAAGGCAUGCAUAACUAGGAACAUGUCCCUCUGUGUCACAGACACACCCAGUGUGAGACUUAUUCAGGAGGCAGACAGGUUCAGCUGUAGCACCAACAGCACCAUGCCACUGAAUAUCACUUGGAAGACCUGUCCACUCUCUGCCAACUGCCUGGAUGCCUCCUCUUGGCGAGGUGAGGAAGAUCACCCAUUCCAUGUGUCAGAGGCUAAAGGCCUGUGCCAGAAGGAAGUGUCCAGUUACUUUCUCCUGGACCAUUUGGAGCACCAAACCAAACUGAAGUGCUGUGUUCACAACUCUGCCGGCGAGCAUUGCAGCCAGGAAACAUCACUGCUGAAAAACUAUUCCUCUACUAGUCUUCUGUUGCUGACGGGCUUGUUGAGCAUUUCCCUGUUACUGCUCACCACUGCAUUGAUCAUCUCCUUCAGAAGGAAGAAGCCCCAGUAUGAAAGCCAACUUAGGAUCCUGCAGAUGGUCGACAAUGACUACGUUUACAUCAACUUUAAACAGUUCCAGUAUGACCAGAGUUGGGAAUUUCCUCGUGAGAACCUAGAGCUGGGGAAGGAGCUGGGGUCAGGAGCAUUUGGCAUGGUGGUGGAGGCCACUGCCUAUGGGAUCUGCAAACCAGGAGUCUCUGAACAGGUGGCUGUGAAGAUGCUGAAAGAGAAGCACCAGACAGUGGAGAAGGAGGCUCUGAUGUCAGAACUGAAGAUGAUGAUGCAUAUUGGUAACCAUGUCAACAUUGUCAACCUGCUGGGGGCCUGCACAGGCUCAGGGCCUAUCUACCUCAUCUUCCAAUACUGCACCAAAGGAGACCUUCUGAAUUACCUGAAGACUAACAGAGAGAGGUUUCACCAAUCUCUGACUGACCUCUUCACCAAAAACCACUUCAGCUGCCUGUACCACAAUUUCCAGUCAGAUUGCACCCACAGCCCCUACAUACCAAUGUUCCCUGCGGUAACCAGAAAGCCCGAAACUCAAGAGCUCCUCAGUUAUAGCACCAGCCCGGACCCUCCGGAAGUCUUGUGUCACGGGAUCUAUGAAGAAACAGAUUUAUCAUAUGAGGAUGAGCUGCAGGUGCUGACCUAUGAUGAUCUACUGAGCUUUUCUUGCCAAGUGGCCAAGGGAAUGGAAUAUCUCUCCUCAAAAAAUUGUAUUCAUCGAGAUCUGGCUGCAAGAAAUGUGCUGGUGAGCCACGACAAAACUGUGAAGAUUGGGGACUUUGGCCUUGCAAGGGACAUAGUGAAGGACUCCAACUAUGUUGUCCGGGGAAAUGUGCGGCUACCUGUGAAGUGGAUGGCUCCAGAGUCUCUUUUCGAGGGAAUGUACACCAUGGAAAGUGACAUCUGGGCUUAUGGAAUCUUGCUGUGGGAAAUAUUCUCUCUGGGUGUUACACCAUAUCCAGGGAUGAAGGUGGAUCAGAAUUUCUAUGCCCUGAUCCAAAAUGGGUUUCAGAUGGACCGGCCAUACUACGCCAGUGGGCCAGUGUACCAGGUAAUGCGACUAUGCUGGGCACUGGAGCCCCAUGCACGCCCACCAUUCUCAAAACUGGUGGCCUUCAUGGAGACUGAGCUGGAGGAUGUAGAGGAGAAGCUGUACUCCAACAUGACAGGAAGCAAAUCCAGAACUUACAAGAACAUCCUUCAGACCACAAGCAGCAUGUCAGAGAACGUGAGACUAGAACAUCAUUAGACUCAAUUCCACCUCCAUGGCAAUACCAGUGCUAUAGCCUCAGAGUAAACUUUCUUUCCCCUCAUAUGCAAACAAACACCGCAUGCAUAUUAACCCUUUAACUGGAGGGAAAUCAUUCAAGGGUGGCCAAAGACUCAGAUAAACCUGUCAGGCUCAUGUUAACAAAUCCAUUUAACAGUAGUAAGUAUUUACGAUGUAUACCUUCAGAUAUUAAUUGAUUUUGUUAUGUCCAUAUGAUAUAACAAUAAUUAGAGCCCGACCGAAGCCAGAUUUUUGGGUCCGAUGCCGAUCCCAAUUUUGGAGAUUCCUAGCCCACCGAUUACCGAUGUUUUGACCGAUAUUUUGUCAAAAAGUGCAACAUUUUCAAAUCAAUUUGAAAAACUUAUAUUUUAUUAAAGUUUCUAUAUUUAAGAACAUUUAACUUAAGCAAACUAAAAUAAACACAAAUAACUUUUUAGAUAAAAAAAAUGUAAAAGAUGAUAUUAAAUUAAAUAUAUAUAUUAACACAUCUUUAAGAGUGUGAAAUCAAAAUAACUCCACACCUUGCUUUUACUCCUUUCUUUUAACAUGGCUUAAAAUGAUCCACGUUAUAAGUGUUUUAUCGGCGUUUUUACCGUCUGGUUAGCUUGCUACGAUGACGCGUGACUAGAUGACACACUCGCUUGCAAGAACGCUUUGGCUAUUGACACAGCAUCAUAUGGUAGCUAAUAUUAUCUCAGAUAAAAAAACAAAUGCGUGAUGCAUUCAAUCACCAUUUUAUUUUGGCUGGUUAUUUAUUUGAGAAUACAGCGAUGUCCUCUGGAAAUGUAGAUCCUACGCUGCUUAUGUGCUCACUGCCACUUCAUGAAGGCUUGCUAGCCAGCUAGCUUGCUAAAGUGAACCAAAUAUGUUAGCUAGCUCGCUCGCUUGAUAAUGAGGAUUGAUAAACGCAUUUAAUUAAAAACUUUCACUUAAUAUACAUACCUUUAUUGCGCCAAUCGAAUCUGUGCAGACAAGUCUUGCAGUGGAGAAUACUGGAUGAGGCUCGAGUGACAAACGUCUUAUUACAGAAGUAGCGCGUCAGCUUCUGCAGUUCACACUUGUAUUAGAACUCCCUCUACUGGAUAAUUCUAGUAAAUAGCAAUUACAACGUUCGAACAGACAAGUACAGAUACAUAAUCAAAAUAAUCAAUUUUGUUUAUUAUACUUAUUUAAAAAUCAGGACACAUCGGCUGCAUAACUGCCAAUCCCGAUGUCGUCAAAAAAGUCAAAUAAUGGCCAAUAUAGCUGCCAAACCGAUAUAUCGGUCGGGCUCUAACAUUAAUAUGUCAGUUCACAGUAUGCUUAAGCAUUAAGUAAUAUCUAUGGAAUUAAUUGUUUCUAUGUAUUAUAAAUAUGUUCUUUUUUUGGAAAAUUCAGUAUUUGAAUGCAAUGUGUGCUGAAUUCCUCUCCCGAUGGAAUCAGGGAAAGGGCUGGUGUGAAUAUGUAGUCAUAGCAUAUCUGAGAUACACGUGUUAAUGUGUAGUUUUAGUAUAUCUGACACAUACAUAUUCAUGAGUUGUUACAGUAUAUCUGAAAUACACAGGUGUCAAUAGGUAGUUGCCAUAAAUUGGGAAUGCAGGUAUGCCAUCCUGCCAAGUUAAGCCUUGGCGGGGUGUCACGCCCCAUACCUAUACAGCACAGAGACUUUGCCACUUUUCAUGGUUUCCUACAGAAAUAACCACAUUGACCACAGACCCUCAGCCCUUAAGAACAUUAUCUAUACCCCAAACUGUUGAGGAAGCACAAAAUCAUCUAUAAUGUGAUUGAAUGCUGGAGCAUUAAGAUUUGCCUUUGCUGGAACUAAGGGACCAAGCCCAAAUCAUAAAAAACAGCCACAGACCUAAAAAAAAAAACAGAAGAAAUAAUAAAAUAAACAACAUCUGAGCCUUCAUUAUGUCGCUGCAUAAAGUAUGUUGUGUGUUUACAUGAGGCCAAAGAAUAGAAAUUAAUGUUUAGAAGUGAGAGUUUGUAGUCAUAGCAGUUACCUCACUGGGUAGCCCUAAAAAGUGUCAAACUCUCAGUGCUGUAUAUGUAUGUUGACAGAAAACAUGUUUGCCACUGAAAUAAUAAUAUCCUGUGGCUGAGAUCCUCUAUCAUGACAUGAGGGCAUCGUGCAAGUGUCCUGAGUUUGAUUUGUAAGGAUCACUCAGUUCUGUACUAACUAGAGUCCAUGCUUGCCAUUAUUCCAUAUACAAGUGACUCUGGACCUGGAAGUAUUUCAAAUGUGUCUGGCCACAUGUAAUAUUUCUAACAUUGACCAGGUGUGCUGAAGUACUAUUGGAUGUUUUUGGAUCUCGAGUCCCUCUAGUGGCUGGACCCAGUACAACUUUUUUUACACUUUCAUUCAGUUCAUUCUGCAAUCAAAAAUAAUUUUGACUGUAAUGUUUGGUUUUUAGAUGCUUUAUUGCUGGUCCCAAAAGUAAGUAAAUAGAGAAAAUCAUGACCAGUAUUAAUGGGCUGUGAGUGUAUGUUAGUGUAGACAUGUGUAUGUGUGUGCACACAUGAAGGAGAGAGAGGGGGGGAGGGGGUGAAAGAGAGCAUCAGGGUGUAUUUAUUUUCCUGUUUGAGAAGUUUAACUGAAGACCAGGUGCCGUGUUUACUCGAAAUGUUGCAUUUGGUUAUUGGUAGAAGCAUUUAUUUUUUCCAUAGAUAUAUCCUCGGUGAGGAGGUCAGUCCACUGCAUGUUGCUUUGUUUUUUCCUUGUUUUCCACUUCAGAAGGACAGUGUUCUUGGUGACAGUUACUGUAUGGCAAUUAGAGUGAUUCUGCUGAGAUGGUCAGGAACAGUGGCCGCGGAUAAGUUCCUCACAAGCACAGGGAAGGUGGAAUUCAGCAGUCCAAAGAGAGGGAUAGUUUGUUGUAAGAUGUGCUGUUUUUGUGGACAAAGUGGACACGCACCCUAUAUGAUACAAGAUAUGCAUACUGUACAAUGCAUAUAGUUUGAUUAUAUUUCAAAGAACUGUUUAACUUUUCCUGCAAUGCACUCUGUCUGAAGAAGUAAUAAAAUGUGUUUACAAUA